CCCAAGAGGACGGGGUGGUCAUAGGUACGUCUUCCCUUUUCUUAGGGCUUUUCAAAGGACCGGCUGGACUUGAACUAGACCUACUCUCGGACUGGACUAUUUCUUUUAUCGCCGCUUCGAUCUCCGUCUUCGAAACCGAGCCGGGCGCAGUUCAAGAGACGUUAGGCGCCGAGCAAGUUACUGAUUGUUUUUCUGCAGCACGCCCUUGGCCUCCUCAACCAACAAUGACUUCAACUCGACCCCUUUCCCUCACACAGACUACGUGCAAAGACUCAACUAUGUACGUUCCCGCCCCCGUUCGAGCACGCUCAUACUGCUUACUACCGAUGCCUAGCUUAAAAAUGAUCGGCCCCGCCAGCGCGCACAAUUGAUAAAGGAGAAGCGAAUGGAUCCCGAUGGCCCAAUGCAUCUCAGCCAGGCCGUCAAGCGAAUUGGUAUCUGCGAAGACAUGUGCCCAGAGUACGAACGUGUCCGGCGCAUUGUGGAGGAGGAUCUUAAACUCCCGGAAUACACGGCUGAGAGUCUGGCAUUGAACGAUCGCAGAGCACGGGUACCGGACGAAUCCCGCAUGGUUAAAGCAUAUCAACGUUCUGCAGCCGGUAUGGAAACUGAACUCGUCACGGACAUCCGGUCACCGGCUGCUUGCCUGAAAACCAUGAACUAUAUGAUGGGCCGUCUGGAUGACGAGGACUUCGAGUUCCUUUACGGUUGGCUAUGGGAUCGCACCCGCGCCGUUCGAAAGGAUUUGCGAACUCAAGCUAUUGACCGACCCGAAGACCUCCGCGCUUAUUUAGAAUGCUUUGAGCAAUGCGCCCGAUUCUUGUUGCUUUCCCUUCAUCACAUGUCGUUGUCCGAAAACGAAGAUUAUUCGCAUCAACAAGAUGUUGAGCAACUCAACCAGACUUUCAUAUCCCUCAAGCAGCGUUAUGCGGAUAACCGACGGGCCAAGAUACUCUCAGAUAAUGAGGCCGAAUUCCAAGCGUACAGACUCAUCAUUGCUCUUUCCACCGGCGACGAGAAGGUGGAAUACGAGAUCCAGACACUCCCGGAAUCAAUACGCCGCAAUCGCAGAGUACAAACUGCGAUGCAGAUCUACCGAGCGGGCAAGAUGGCGAGCAGCAAGAGCCGCACGUUCAGCGAAGCUCAGCAAAACUGGAAAGCUUUUUGGGAUUUGGUCCAAUCCUCCGCAGUAUCCUAUCUCAUGGCUUGUGCUGCGGAACUCUUCUUCAACCAAGUUCGGUACAAUGUACUUGAAACUUUACGCCGGGCAUAUCGUCAGGGAUCCGCCAAGCAGGCAAAUCAAGAGAAUGUGCAUGGAGAAUGGCUGGUAGCCGAACUGGUUGAGAUGCUAGGCUUUGAUUCUGCCGAUGAUGUUCGGGAAUAUUGCCAGGUUUAUGGUUACACGACCAUUACGAUGGAGAGUGGUGAAGAAUAUGUCAACUUCUCUGCUGGCAAGGGGGCUGAAGAUCCGAACGGGCCUAAACCACAAACUUUCUCGCAGAGGCUCGUUGAAUCUAAAAGACAUCACAGAUUACUUUCUGCAGUGAUCAGAGGCAUGUCUGUGAAGGAAGCAAGAAUCAAUGGAUUGGUUGAAGAGCCGGAUCUCGAGAUGGAAGCUGAGGACUCUUUAUUCGUUCCGGAAGGCCCUACUUCAACGCCCGCUAAGACCGGCGCCUUCACAUCCCUUUCGUCGGCGACUCAAUCUCCUUUCAAUCCCAAUGCAAGUGUAUUUCGACCUGCAACGUCUACGGCCCAGACGACGAGUACAUCCGCGGCAACCGUACCCGCGAAACCAAGCAUAUUUGCCACGCCAGCCAACAGCUUUUCUGCAACCACAAAUCCGUUCCAGGCCCAAGCCGCCUCUCAAGCGGGUUCUGCGGCUGAGGCGCCUUCCGUCUUCGCGAGCCCAUUCUCCACGAUAAGUCCAGCAACGGGACAAACUAUCCAACCUGGACUGUUCAAUCCAUCGACUCACUCUAUCAAGUUUGCGGCUAAAGACUCUUUGUCGAACCUCAGCCCGGUAGCUGGAGAGAAGAGCCAGUCAGGGUUGUUCAAUGCAUCUGAUACUACUGUCAACUCCAGCUUUGCCUCCAUUGGAACCGCCUCCUCUGCGCCCAGCUCGUCUACUACCAUCACGACAGCUGGCGCGCAGGAUGCUCCCUCGGCAAAGCCGACGUCUUCCCCAUUUGCAAGUGCAUUUCCGCCCAAAGAAUCGGCACCGCAAGCAACCGUGACAUCACCUUUUUUCCAAGGACUCUCUACUACCAAGGUGGCUACGCCAGCCUCAACAGCACCGGAUUCAAUUUUCAAACCCUCACCACAGCCUUUCAAGACUUCCUUGGAGGCAUCGAGCCCCUUCACUUUUCCAGCGACCCAGGCGACAACACCCAAACCAUCGAUUCUGUCAAGCUCGGUCUCAUCUACUGGACCUGCGAAAAAGGUCACUUUUGCUUUGGCUGAAGGAGAGCCAACGGACAAAGUUGAUGAGCAACGACGGAAGAAGGAAGAGGAGGAACGUCGGCUUCAAGAGGAAAAGCUACGGCAAGCACGGGAGGAGAGGGAGCGUGCGAAGCAGGCACAGCAACAACGGGAACGCGAGGAACAGGAGCGACGGGCACGGGAGGAACAGGAGCGGAGAUUACGGGAAGAGCAACAGCGUCGAGCGCUCGAGGAACAGCAACGUACCAUAGAAGCACAGCGUCGGCAGCAGGCACAGCUGCUGGAUGAUGCUUUCAACGCUCUUACUAACAAUGUGUUUUUCGACCCUAUGGAGGGCUUGUUAACGCAAUUCAUCGAGCAGCAAGUCAAGAGAAUAUUACCGAAAGCGAAAGAGGAUGUUUGGUGGGAACGUGCACAAGAGAAAGCCGAAGAAAUGUACCAACGGAAGCGACUACAACUGGCUCGCUUUUAUGCCGUUCGAUGGUACCAGCAGGUGCAAAAAAAGAAACGUGCACGUCGCGCUCGAGAGAGGCGGCGAUGGUUAAAAGAGCAUAAAACGGAACUGUUAGCAUUGCCGAAAGAGGGGACCAACAGCGAAGACUUGGAGAAUGUACAAGCGAAUGGAUUCAAGAAGCCUAGUCUGCCGGCUAGUGCCAGUUUCGCUUCUUCGAGAAAGAGCACGGACUCUGCGAAGAAGGGAGAAGAGCCAGUAAAUGGAAUCACAGGCAGACUAGCAAGGCCAAAGACGAAGGAGAAACCAGUGCAGCUUCCUGCAGAGAAAGAGAACAUCAAUCCGCUACCACAGCCGAUACCGAAGCCAGUUUCAAUGCAACCAUACAAGAACAACGCCAUGCCCGCCGAUCGCACAGAAACCACUUGGUUCCAGCUGCGAGCCCGCGGACUCGACCCGUCCAAGAUUCUCAAGCGCGGUUUCGACGAUCCCGAAUCCUCAGAAGAGGAACAAGUCCACGAGCAGAACCGCAAACGGGCUCGGACCUCAGCAUCCGACUCGCAGAAUGAUCUGGACGCUCUGGCGCGUUAUGAGCGGUUCAAGCAGACCUUCAAGCUCAACAAUUCGGCUCAACUAACGGAGCACUCGCCCGUUCACGCUCGAUCGCGGAGUUCUUCCUACGCCAGUGCGGCACCGACAGACCACUCACUCUCACGUACCCUGGACGUUGUCGCGCGUGCACGCGCCCUCCUUUCUGAGGGACAUGCUUCCACGCGACCAGCGUCUCCGUCUCCAGGGGCAACACCUGUCCGGCACGAAUUCAGUCGCAGUGUACCGGACUUGACCUCCGGUAUGAAGGGCGGCGGCUACACGGACUCCGCCGCUCGCAGCACCUACACGCAACCGGCCGUCCCCGCCAAUAAACCCGCGUACUGGUACCGACAGAGCCGGUUCGUACCUCGCCAUUUAUACGGCAAAGGACCGGAAGCAGUGCUCGAGUAUUAUAGACAAUCGCGGGGAGUUGGGAGCGGGAGCCUCAGUGGUGGCAGCGUGGGUGGCGGUGGUGGGAAUGUCGUGGGUGAGGAGACAUCGAUUCGGAUGCAGCCGCCGGCGGCGCAACAGCAGGUACAGGACAGUGCGGAGAUUCAGCUAUCCAGCCCGAUUCCGACGCAGGUGUCUUAUGUGCACAUGGAGACGCAGAGCCAGGUGCACAUGGAGGUGGAAAUGCAGGAGCAGACGCAGAUGGGGUCGCAGAAGGCCGCGGAUAUUAGGGAGGAGACGUCGUUGUAUUACAGCGAGGAUGCGGGGGUUCCGCGCAGCAGCAGGCCGUACUAUGGAGAGGAUAUGGAUGAGGUUGUGGAUGCAGCCGAGGACGAGUUCGCUGAGGGAGAGGAGGAGGAAGUCGACGUCGUAGACGAGAGCGAGGGUGACGGGGUCCAGCACGAAGGAGAAGAAGAGUAUGGAAACGACUACUCCGAAGAAGCCAACGUGUAUCGUCGCUACGACAAGUACGACGGCGACGAGGAGGAAGCAGACGAAGAGGAAGGACAUUUUGGACAUGACAGGGAGGUGGAGGAGUACGGGAAGGAGGACCCAGAAGAUGCCAAUGUGUAUCGCUACGAGGACGAGCAGGGAGACGACGAAGAAGAAGGAGAAGAAGAAGACUAUGACGAGGAUGAGGACGAAGAAGAAGACGAAGAAGAAGAGGACGAGGAAGACGAGGAAGACGAAGAAGACGAAGAAGACGAAGAAGAAGAGCCGGAACAGCAAGCCCAGCGCCCGCAAUCCUACAUGGGCGGCGCGACUCAAGACGAUGCGAUUGAGCUCUCCGACUAAGAGCUUGCUUGCCCACUCAGGUGCUGCAUGCACAUCAUAAGUUGGGAGCGUCUUCCGUCCUUCUGUCCUGUAUAUAUACAUCAUCCCAGUGUAUUACUGCAUCCUUGAUUUGGGCAUAGCGUUGGCGUUGGCGUUGUCUUUGCUCUGCUUCCUUUGCUAUCGGUGGGGAGACUUGAAAAGGCCCAUAUAAUGAUACCCCGGUUGGCAGAAUGAUGCAAAAAUGAAAUCAAAAACUGACUGCUACUGUUUUGGCACGGGAAAAGCUAUAUGAUGUUAUCGGACUUUUCGUGCACAAAACGGAGAAGUUGGGACCAACUGCAAAAAAUUGACACCGAUUAGAAGGGC